CUUCCGCUCCACUCUAUCUUCCUCGCCGUCCCCUCCCCAACCCAAACCCCUCCCGGCGCCAAGAAAAUGGAGACCUCCUUCCUCCCGACCGCGCGGCCCCUCCCGGCUUUCCAAACCCUCGCCGCCGCCGCCCCGCGCUGCCCGCGCCCUCUGCGGCGCUCCACCAUCCGCGCGGCCAUCUCCCGCGGGCGCAAGGAGGACACGGUGGCGGCCGUGCGCGAGCAGCUGGAGGGGUGCUACCUCCUGGCGGGCAUCCGGUACGAGGGCCUGACGGUGAAGCAGUUCCAGGGCAUCCGCGACGCGCUGCCGGAGUCGUGCCACCUGCUGGUGGCCAAGAACACGCUGGUGGGCAAGGCCAUCGAGGGCACCCCCUGGGAGGCGCUCAAGCCGUGCAUGAAGGGCAUGAACGCCUGGCUCUUCGUCCACACCGAGGAGGUCCCCGCCGCGCUCAAGCCCUACCGCGCCUUCCAGAAGGAGGAGCGCGUCGAGGACACCAACGACUUCAUCGGGGCCGUCUUCGAGGGCAAGUACUACCAGCCCGCCGACUUCAAGGCGCUCGAGACUAUGCCCACCCGCGCCGAGGUCUACUCCAAGCUGCUCGGCGCCCUCAAUGGGCCCGCCACCGGCCUCGUCACCACGCUGCAGGCGCCAGCCAGGGAAGUGGUCGCCGUGCUCUCCGCCUACGUGCGCAAGCUCGAGGAGGAGGCCGGUGCCGGCGCCGCCUAGUCUAGGUUGUGGCUCACAUUCUCACUCUCUAUCUGUACAAUUCCUUGUACUACGUUUACUGUCUUCCAUUUUAAUUGAAUCACAAGUUUUCCCCUUCA